AUGUCCACCAAGCCAAUCACUUGGAAUAAGGAGCGUCCUGCUACCCAAAUUAUUCCCACAUUCCGCUAUAUUCUCAAGGACAACCCAACAAUCACAGCUGUUGGUCUGAAAGUCAUGUUUCCGCCUGGAGCUUCUUCCCCGCCUCACAGGCAUGGAACAGCCAACGUGAUAGCCCAAGUCAUUGAAGGCAGCUGUACCAGUGGGAUGAACGAUGAUGAACCAGGCAUUUAUGGUGAAGGAGAGCACUGGUAUGAAGCUCCUGGAUGCUACCAUCGAAUCAGUGAUAACGCGAGCGACACUGAGAGGGCGGUUCUCCUUGUCACGUUUGUUAUCGAAACCAAGAUUUUGGAAGAACAUGGAUUGGGGGUUCUCGUGCAAGUCGAGCCGGAAUACUUAGAGGGAGCCAUUGAGCAGAUGGCGCGAUGCGGCUUUUCUAUUCCCCAAUGA